CUGUCAGUCUGAAGUAAAAAAGGAUUUGUUGGCGAAUUUUUGUGUUUGUGUACAAAUCUAAUGAAUUCAUAAUAAAAUACACCUCUAACCAUCACAAUGUCUUUAGCUUUACUUCUAGAAAAGUACGAUGUGUCUACAGACGAAGGAUUACAAAAAGCUCUCCAUGAAAUUGAAAAAGAGGAAUUGGAGGUAGACGAGGCGCUGUCGGACGUGCUGGGCCGGUCGGCGUCGCUGGAGGGGCACCUGCGCGCGGCCAGCCAGGCCUACAGCCGGCUGGGCGCCGUGCGCGCGGACGCGGAGGCCGCCGCCGGCAUGGUGGACCGCACCGCCGCGCUCGCCAGGGAUGUUAGCGCUAAAGUUAGACAGCUUGAUUUGGCCAGGUCACGAGUAGCGGAGUGCCAGAGGAGGGUGCAUGACCUGAUUGACUUGCAACUGUGCAGCGCCGGAGUGGAGGCUGCCAUCAAGGCACAUGAUUAUGAAACUGGUGCGGCGCACGUGUCCCGUUUCCUCAGCAUGGACCCUGGGUCGGUGGAGGCGGCGCGCGCGCGUGGUGCCCCGGACCCCAGGCUUGCUAUGACCGCCGCUGCCAACACGCUCCGCGACUGUCUGGUUAAGAAGUUCGCGGAGGCGGCGCGCGCGGAGGACGACGCGGCGGUGGAGCGGCUGUUCCGGCUGUUCCCGCAGAUUGGACAGCCGCAGGAGGGGGUUGACCUGCUCGCUAACUAUCUGGCCACUCAGGUGGACACAAUAAUCCGUCGCGUGUCCAUAGUCUCAGACCCUACUUCAGACGCGGCGGUGUUCGCGGACGCGCUGACCCGCGUGCUGGAGGCCGGCGGCGCCGCCGUGGAGCGGGCGAGAACCUCUAUAGCCUCCUGCGCGCCUGGUAGCUUGCCGCGCGCUGUUAAACCUAUACAGCCUAUUAUCUGCGCCGGCGCACGUCGCAUCUUCACGGCCAUGCGGUCGGCGCGGCAGCUGGGCCCCGCCCCCGACCCGCGCCGCCUGCCGCACCCCCCCGAGCCCCGCGCCGCCGAGCCCGUGCUGGCCGAGCUAGCGCUGUCGCACUCUAGGAUACGACUGUACUUUGCGUUCUUGCGGAGGAAGACUGAGAGCGACGCGGCGCCGCUAGACGAGGCGGGGCGCGCGGCGGCGCUGGCGGCCGCGGAGCAGCUGAUCGCCGGCUGCGACCUCGUGCGCACCGCGCAGGACCUCCUGGCUCACUAUCUGGCGCUGGAGCGGUAUUUCCUGGAGGAGAGCGUGGCCAAGGCACUGAAGAUGGCGACGCCGCAGCCGGGCGCCACCGCCUCCAGCCUGGUCGACGACGUGUUCUACAUCGCAAGGAAAGUUAUUCGCCGCAGCCUAUCAACAGGCAGCGUGGACGGCGCGUGCGCAGUGCUCAACGACGUGGCGUCCCUACUGGAGCACAGCGUGGCGGCGGCGCUGCGGGGCUGGCUGCGCGCGCCCCCCGAGCCCCUCCCCCUGCCCCCGCCCUCCGGCGCCGGCCCGGACCUAGUGGGGCUGCUGGCGCAGAGGCUGAAUAGGGACGUGGAUGCGCAGAGGACGCUGUUCCUGGUGCACAUGAACGAGGCGGAGUCUGGCGCGGAGUGGUCGGAGCGCCUCGCGGCGGAAGCCUGCGCGGAGGCCGAGCCCUUAUUCCGGAGCCCCGGCGAGCGAGAGAAGCUACAGUCUUGUGCCACGGGGCUGGCCACGGCGGCGGCGGCGUUCAGGGCCGCCCAUGAAUUAGCCUUGGAGGGGAUUAAAGCGGGACUGAAGCCGAGGUUGCACGCCUGGGCGGACUUCAUUGUGAAUCCUGAUGUUGAUCCUGACGAGAUGGAGGACGACGCGGACGCGUUACCCGCCGCGCUGGAGGCCCUCGCCGCCGCCGCGCGCAGCCAGCUGUCCCCGCGGGCGCUGGGGGCGCUGCUGCACGCCGCCGCCGCCGAGCUGGCCGCCGCCGCCGAGCUGCUGCUGCUGCGGAGACACUACACGCAGGAAAGCGCCCUACUAGUCGAGCGCCGCGCGCGCCGCCUAGCGGGCUGGGCGGGCGGCGCGGGGGCAGGCCCGCGGGAGAAGUGCGCGCGCCUCACCGCCGCCGCCGCCGUGUUGGCUGUGGACCACGUCAGCCAUGCUGUGGACUUGAGGAGGCCUGCUGUGGGGGUUAAAGAGCUACUGGCGAGGAGGACGGACUUCAAAAUGGAAGACAUAAAGAGAUUGAAGCUGUAAGAUGAAGAAGGAAAUAAUAUGCAUUUAUUUACUAUAUUCCAAUUAAUACGUUAAGUUUAUUGAAUUUAUCAACUUAUAACCUAAUUUAUAUAAAAUUAAACAGUAUUUUAGUAAAAAACCAACAGAUUUUUAUUUCAACAUUUAUUGUUCUUAAACUUUGUGUAGAGAUAUAGAAAUUUGUGAAUUGUGUCAUUAAUAAGAUUAUAAAACAUUUACGGACAGUGGACAACAUUCAUACAUAAAUAUUUAACAA